GAAGCCCAGCCUUGGUGGGCGCGCCGGGUCCCUCGAUCGGACCGGGGAGAUGCCCAACCCCAAGAACAGCAAAGGCGGCCGCAAAAACAAGCGCGCCAACAGCAGCGGCGACGAGCAGGAAAAUGGAGCCGGGGCCUUGGCGGCGGCGGCGGCGGCGGGUGCGACCGGCGCGGCGGCCGGAGGGGCCCUGGCGGCAGCGGCGGCGGCGGCGGCGGCGGGCUGCGGGGCGGUGUCACCCGGCGCGGGAGGCAGCCCCGGCGGCGCGGCGGGCCCCGGAGGUGCGGGCACGGGCGCCGCCAACGCCAGCGUCGCUGCGGGGGCUGCAGCCGCGGGAGACGCCAAGAACGAAGCUCCGUGUGCCACGCCCCUGAUCUGCAGCUUCGGGAGGCCGGUGGACCUGGAGAAGGAUGACUACCAGAAGGUGGUGUGUAACAACGAGCACUGCCCCUGCAGCACCUGGAUGCACCUGCAGUGCUUCUAUGAGUGGGAGAGCAGCAUCCUGGUGCAGUUCAACUGCAUCGGCAGGGCCCGCAGCUGGAACGAGAAGCAGUGCCGCCAGAAUAUGUGGACCAAGAAGGGCUACGACCUGGCUUUCCGCUUCUGCUCCUGCCGCUGUGGGCAGGGCCACUUAAAAAAGGACACAGACUGGUACCAGGUAAAGCGGAUGCAAGAUGAAAAAAAGAAGAAGUCUGGGUCAGAAAAGAACACAGCGAGGCCUCCAGGGGAGGCUGGGGAGGAGACCAAAAAAUGCAGGCCCCUGAACAAGCCCCAGAAAGGCCUGAACCAUGACCUUCCCCGGCGGCACUCCAUGGACAGGCAGAACUCCCAGGAAAAGACAGGCAAUGCUGCAGCCUACGGGGCCCGCUCCCCCUGUGGCUCCCCUGGCCAGUCCCCACCCUCUGGUUACUCUAUCCUCUCCCCAGCCCACUUCAGUGGUCCCCGGUCCUCCAGAUACCUCGGGGAAUUCUUAAAGAACGCUAUUCAUCUUGAGCCUCACAAAAAGGCCAUGCCCGGGGGCCAUGUGUUCAGAAAUGCCCACUUUGAUUACAGUUCGGCUGGUCUGUCUGUACACAGAGCAGGGCACUUUGACACCCCUGUACAGUUCCUGCGGCGACUGGACCUCUCUGAACUCCUCACUCACAUCCCCAGGCAUAAGCUGAACACUUUCCAUGUUCGGAUGGAAGACGAUGCCCAAGUGGGCCAAGGCGAGGAUCUCCGGAAGUUCAUUCUCGCAGCCCUCAGUGCCAGCCACAGAAAUGUUGUAAACUGCGCCUUGUGCCACCGGGCACUCCCCGUGUUUGAACAGUUCCCACUAGUGGAUGGAACUCUGUUCUUAAGCCCCUCAAGACACGAUGAGAUUGAAUACGAUGUUCCUUGUCACCUUCAAGGAAGACUCAUGCAUCUGUAUGCAGUGUGUGUGGACUGCCUGGAAGGGGUUCACAAGAUCGUCUGCAUCAAGUGCAAGUCCCGCUGGGAUGGCAGCUGGCACCAGCUGGGCACCAUGUACACCUACGACAUCCUGGCUGCCUCUCCCUGCUGUCAGGCUCGUCUGAACUGCAAGCAUUGUGGCAAGCCUGUGAUCGACGUACGGAUCGGAAUGCAGUACUUCUCUGAGUACAGCAAUGUCCAGCAGUGUCCACACUGUGGGAACCUGGACUACCAUUUUGUGAAGCCAUUCUCCUCCUUCAAAGUUCUCGAAGCUUAUUGAUGAAAGCUUUGCUUUAGUAAUAGCUAUUUUAUUGAUAUUAUUACUUUACUACAUAUCUUUUAUAGGGGAACAUUCUGUGACAUUAAUUUCUUUUCUAAUUUAAAGCAGAGUUUACUUUGUAUAUUUGUGCCACUAAAAUGAGGGCUGCCCCUUGCCCUGUCUUGAUUCCCAAAUGUCGUGUGGUUAAGACUGGAGCCCAAAUGGGAAAUGGUGCAGAUUUUGGUAGGGUUUUAGUCUCACACAGAAUCUCUGAUGCAUUUCUAAGGGGAUAGGAAGGAUGGGUGCCAUUUAGGUGUGGGAUUCUGUGGUGAAACUAAGGGUGUGUGGGAGUUGGGAGGAAGCUUUUAUUAUACGUUAGCUCUCUUGAGACCCACUGUUGGAUGCUUGGGCCUUGGGGAGCGUGAGUGACAAGUGAAUGUAAGUCUGACCCCGGAGAGCCAGCACUGCGCACUGCGACAGGCUCCCUGGAUCUGCUCUUCAGUUCCGGUUGAGGUGCAGUUUCCUCCCACUGACCAGGGAUUUGAGAGUAGAACCGAGUGCUCUGGUUUGACUGUUUGUAUCAUUUAACAGUUUUCAUACUGGAAAUAUCCAAAUCGUAUGACCCUUGGAAACUGUUGCUGUUGCAGUUUUAAAUGAGCUGCAUAUGACAGGUCUUGUGAAGUGACAUUAGAAAUGAGGCACAUUGAGUCAAGAAGGCAGGAAGGCAGAACUUGGUUAUUUGAAUUGUGUUGUGUCUCUAGAAGCUGGUCAAAGAACCCACAGAAAAUCUGCACAUGCUGUGGUGGGCAUCGUUUACAGACUGCAUUGCCGAAGCAAUUGCUUGGUAUCCAGAACUUCUCGGAGAUAAACCUCUAGCCUGAGUGCUGGGCUGCAGAACCAGUCAGGCCACACUUCUCAUUCUAUCUGUUGCCACAUUACCCAUUUAAUACUGACUUUCCAAAAUGAGAGGUGACCUCAAGAAGGAAGGGCAAAUUGGUUAGAAUGAUGAAGAACAGUUUUAUUCUUUUUAAAGUAUGUCUCAUUUUGUUAGCAGUAAUACAAAGAGCAUAUCUAAAAAUAGAUCAUCCUAAAGAGUCCCAUGAUCCCUAUUGUUUGUUUUUUAAAAAAAAAGUUCCAUACAGAACACCAGAUAUUCCAAAACCAGCCCCUGUUCACUAGAACUUGGAGACUUAAAUGUGUUGAAGACAUCUCUUCUAGAAUUAGAGAAUUACUUCUCAUGAGUAAAUUUGAUAAUUUCAAGUAUGAUACAGAAAUACACAUUAAAAGAAUACUAAAAAUAAUUCAUUAUAUAAAUAGGUAAAUUAGGGGAUUAUGUAAAUAUUUUAUAUCACUUACUUGGUUUAUGCCAUCACCCCAGGGGGUUUUCUUUUCACAAUUGUCUAAACAUUAUUGCCAUUGAGUCUUAAGUUCCUCAGAAGUGCUUGGUGUUUUGUUUGAAACAACAGCAUUAAAAACAACAACAACAACAACAACAACAACCUGUGCUAAACUAAAACUCUUCAUCAGUUGGUUUGUUACUUCUGGUUUGGUGUUUGAUCUGAAAAGUUUCACAUCUGCAAGAAAUACUCAAGUUGCAUAAGACAAGCAAUAAUUAUUAUUGGUCAGAUGAUGUUUAAUACAACUGUUAGGUCUGUAAGGACAUAAUACUUGCAGAUUUGUCUUUGAUGCACAGAGCUGCAAUUGUGAGUUAGCUGUAUAUUCAAGUUUAAAGUUUUGUUAAGUUUUUAUUCAGAUACCAUAUUUGUCUUUGUGUUUGUUUCUGAUUUUUAAAAUAAAAUAAUUGUAAUGCUGUUCUUUAACCUAUUGAUGUUUUCUGGUAAAACUUCAUUAUAUUAUUGUUUUGAAGUCAACUUAUCCAUUGCACCAGUGAAUUCUUUAGAUUAAAAAAAAAGAAACAAAAAACUGUGGACUAUAAGCCACAUUCGAUUCUUGCUCCUUCGUUUGUUUUCUGCCCCCCAAAUGAAGAAGUUUGACUUAAUUGGAUAAGAUUUGCUCUUGAUGUUCUCUUGAUAGAGUAAGGACUAUAGAUGUGUGUAGUCCUAUAAAAAGAGAAGCAUGAGCCAUGUACACUUACUUACCUUUUGCCUUUUAGUGCAUUGAUUGCAUUUUUGUCUGAAAGGGAAGAUUUGGCUGAUUUGAGAAUAAAAUACAGUUGAGUAUACAAUACUUGCUUUAAAGGUAAAUCUUACUUUGGAAAUCUGCUGACCUUAAUGUUUUCACCAAACUUUGCCAGAACACAUUGGUUAGAAUUGGAAAAAGUCAAGAACGAUUACCAUUUUUUUGUUGUAGUUGGGAUAUUAAAGGGCAUCAGUCAUCCAGGAGAUCUAGCUUCUGUUUCUCUCAUAAAUAGUGUUCAAUAACUCAUAGAUUUGAAAUAGACUAAUAAUUUAAAGUGAUUUUUAUCUUCUUUAACAUUUUUAGUCAUUCAUUUUUAAAGAUACUUUGAGCAAGUAAAACUGUCUGCUUCAGUUUUGAGAGAAGCUAAUUUCUGAUCAUUUUCUCUUCAGGCCAUCUCAGCUCUCUGCUUUCAUCUGAUCACCUGAUCACAGUGGAAGCACUUGAUAACAUUUGGCUUAUACCUUUAAAGGUAGACUUUAUUCCAGGAAGUGGAGGAAUGAGCAGCUUGUUUUCUAAUUACAAAGGAGCUUUCCCAACAUCCUUUAAUUUCCAAUUUUUGUAAAAUGGGUUCAUUUUUCUAAGUAAAGGAAAUUUUCAUACCUUUUGGGGGAAAAUUAACAUAUGAAGAAAGAAUAUUAUGUUUAAAUGCUAAAACUUCACAGGUAGAUCCAUAUCUUGGUAGACUACCUUCCUGAGUUCUUCAUGUCAUCUUACAGUAUCAGUGCUGACUCUGCAGUCUGUUCUGUGCCUGUUUUCUAACCUCUUUGCUUUUCUGUUGAAUUCCUUCAAGCGCUUGUUGGGUAAUUGGAAGAUUGAGGAGAGAGCACUUUUGUUUAGAGUGUGGUUCCCAUAACAGGAUGCUGCCUAACCCAGUUCAUCUUUACACUUUGUUGACCUUAUUCUUUUUCCAGGCAAUUGAAAGAAAAUAUAAUGAAUGGAUACCAUGAAAACCAGCUAAAAAAUAUGUUGUCGUCUAUAAAGAUUUCUUGUCAAGAUGUUUGGAUUGCACUUUUGUUGAGGGAAGCCAGUGUAAAUAGUUGAGGAUGUUGAUAAAUUGAAGCGUUUGGGUUAUGGAAUCAUGUGUGAUGUUAGAGGGUUUCUGUAUGUGAAAGGUAUUAAGAAUAAUAAAAUUUUAGAAACAAAUA